AUGAAACGCCUGUAUGCACUGACGACGUUGCUGCUGGUGACCGUCGUCAGUUGCCGGGCGCACCAAUUGGAUUUGUACCUGGAUUCCGGCGACGUGGAGCAGCUGAUCGGCCUGGCCGCCCGGUUGUACUACGUGCGGAACGGCCGGCCCAACGCGAACGCCAUGAAAUACGUGUUGGAAGUGCCGGCGUCCGUUGGCGCGCUAAACCUGACGUGGAACUCCAAGAGUCCGCUGGCCUACAAGGCCGCCGUGUCGACGACGGACUCGGACCUGGUCGCCCCCAAGCUGGACAUGGCGCACGAAGGUGCCGUGCCCGACACGCGGUCCGUGUUCGCCGUGUCGUUGCCGUGCGCCGUCGGGUCCGGCGACGCCGACGUGCGGCUGUCGAUCAGGACGUCGGCGAACUGGUCGUCGGACGGCGCGACCGGCGACGUCGACGUGGCGUUCAAAAAGUUUUGCGUGGACCCGCGGACGAACGGCACGGCCGUCGCGCCGGAAACGGGUCGCGCCGCGCCCGUUUACUACGAGCGAGCGUUUUUCUACCACAUGAUCGCCGCCGCGUCCUCGUUGGUGGCGCUGGCCGUCAUCUGCUGCCUGACCACCACGUACCGCCGCGACAAGGCGCGCGACCUGAUGAUCAUCAAAGGUUUCCAAAACAACGAAGUGAACGUGUUUCUGAAGUCCGCGUUGAAUCCCAGCGGCAAGUUCAACCGCGCGAAUUCGCUGCCCGGCCCGAAAGCCGCCCCGGUCAAGGCGAAAGACUUGCACGAAUGCAUCGUCGAGCUCAGCGUCCAGAGGCAGCGGGUCCGGUUGCAGAACGUCGAGCUGGAAGGCACGUUCGGACGGGUCUACCGGGGCCUGUACACCGAUCCGAACGGCAAGGACGACGAGGUGUUCGUCAAAACGGUAACGGACCAGGCGAGCGCCGUGCAGAUAUCUGUGCUGCUGCACGAAGGGCUGUGCAUGUACGGGCUCAACCACAAAAACGUGAUGACAAUACAAGCCGUGUCCGUCGAACAGCACGUCGAACCCUUCCUGUUGUAUCCGUACAGCAACAACACGAAUCUAAAGAGAUUCCUACAAAACUGUAAGACGUCCGAGAGCAUUUCGUACACGUUGACCACCAGGGAAAUAAUCGACAUGACGCUGCAGAUAAUCAGCGGCAUGCAAUAUUUGCACAAAAGCCGGCACCUGCACAGGGACGUCGCGGCCAGGAAUUGUCUGGUCGACCCGGAACUGAAAAUCCAGAUAGCCGACAACGCCCUGUCCAGAGACCUGUUCCCCGGCGACUACCAUUGUCUCGGCGACAACAAGAACCGGCCGAUAAAAUGGAUGGCCGUCGAGAGUCUGGAACACAAGAAGUUCAGCACGGCCUCCGACAUCUGGUCGUUCGGCGUUCUGCUGUGGGAACUGUUGACCCUGUGCCAGCAACCGUACGCCGACAUCGACCCAUUCGAGAUGUCCGCCUACCUGCAGGACGGCUUCAGGCUGACGCAGCCGGUCAACUGUCCCGACGAACUGUUCACCGUGAUGGCCUGCUGCUGGGCGUUGGCGCCCAACGAGAGGCCGACGUUCUCCCAGCUGUCCGUGUUCAUGAACGAAUUCAACAAUCAACUGGUUAAAUUCGUAUAA